AUGGCCAACCGCGAAUACUACGGCGAAAGCGUUCCCGCUCACUUGUCUGGCGAGGAGACCCGGAAUUUCAAUACAAUGCAGGGUCCUGAGUACAACUCUACACAGCAACCAUGGAAUAACAAUGUCAACCACUCCAACUAUGAGCAAGCCCCAAUGGACUACCAACAACAACCAUGGGCCGACCCCAACAACCCAGCCAACGUCAAUAAUGCUGAAGGUGAAAAAGGUCUAGGCUCUACGGUUGUCGGCGGUGCAGGUGGUGCAUACGUCGGGCACCAAGUUGGCAAGAAAUCCGAUCAUGGCACGCUAGGCACCAUCGGCGGUGCGGUCGCUGGAGCAGUGAUGGCCAAUAUGGCGAGUAAUGCAGUGAAGGGGAAGCAUAAUCAGGGGCAGACGCAAGGACAGGGAUGUUGCAAUAACCACGGCUGUUCCAAUUGCCAUCAACAGGGACUAGGACUAGGCGGAGGUCGAAUGGGGCUUGGGCUUGGAGGUGGCUUGAUGGGCCGUCGUGUUGGGAGGUUGGAGAGGAGAGUGGAUAGACUUCAUGGGUUUUGA